AUGGCAUUAGCACUGCCUGCAGCAGGCAGACCACUUAGAGAGUGGUUGGCUGCCCAUGCCAAUGAUGUCCCUAAUUGCAUUGUGUAUCCUGAACAAGAAGAGGAUGGUUCAUUUGAGAUCAAGCACCAUAUGCUUGAAAUUCUACCUAUUUUUCGUGGGCUACCUAGUGAAGAUGCAAACAUACAUAUUGCAAAAUUUAUUGACAAGGCGGAAACUUGGUUGUUCACUCUACCGACAAAUAGCAUUACUACUUGGCAACAAUUACAUACAAAAUUCCUAAACAAGUAUUAUCCAUCAUCCAAGACAUUCAAUUACAAGCAGGAAAUCAUGACAUUUACUCAGAAGCCUAAUGAAGAGUUCCAUGAAGCAUGGGAAGGAUAUAUAGAGAUGUACAUUAAGUGUCCACAUGCUAAUAUUGAUUCAGAUACACAGAUGAAUAUUUUCUUUGACGAGCUUAAUCCGAUAUCUAAGAGCCAUGUUAAUACAUCAGCUGGAGGAUCGUUGUCAAAUAAAUAUGCAAAAGAGACAUUUGAACUGUUUGAUAUGAUGGCUACAGAAUCUCAACAAUAG